CGAUAAAAAAGUUCGAAUGUUUCCGUCGAACCUUUCGAUGGACGUGGAAAUUUUAUUCUGUGGCAACAACGAGUAAAAAGUGUUCUUACUCGGGAAGGGACAAUCAAAGCUCUGAAGGUGAAGGUUCAGAGGACAGAAAAAAUGACUGAUGCUAAGUGGGCCAAACACCGGUAGAACGACAAACCGGAAAAGUUGUCGGAAGAAGAGUGGGAGGAUUUGAAGGACAUGGCAACAAGUACAAUAUGCAUAUGCCUUGCAAAUAAUACUCUUUGGGAGCUUCUCGGUUUGACGGACCCGGUGGAUAUUUGGGACAAGCUGGAGAGCCGGUACAAGUCGAAAUCAUUGACAAGUAGGCUAUACUUGAAGAAACGAUUGUUUGUUCUCCAAAUGGCGGAGGAAGCUAACUUUAAUGGACACUUGGAUGAAUUCAACAAGAUUACAACAGAGUUGGAAUCCAUUGAUGUGAAGAUUGAAGAGGAGGACAAGGUGCUGCUUUUGUUGGCUUCAUUGCCUUCAUCUUUUGACAACAUCGUGACCACGCUUUUGUUUGGAAAAGAGACCUUAAAAUUUGAUGAAGUAGUUGAUGCGUUGUUGAUGAACGAGACUCGGCGGGGUGGCAACGGGGUAUCAAAUGACGGUCAAACUUUGGUAGCAAAAGGAGCUGGUCGAGAACGAGGACGGUCUAAAGAGAGGGGCGGCGCGUCCCAACGUUUCAAAUCGAGUAGUAAAAGCUUUCGGUGUUAUUAUUGCGAUGAAGAGGGUCAUUUCAAAAGAGAUUGUCCAAAGAGGAGGAAGGAAAAGAAAGACGGGAAAACACCCGUGACUGCGGUUGCAGAAAGUUCGAACCAAGAAAGUGAAGAAGACUUGUUUUUGGCAACCGCAAAGAGUCUAGGUAAAUCGGAUUGGAUAUUAGAUUUGGGUUGUUCGUUUCACAUAAGUUCAAUUAAGGAAAAGUUUGAUACGUAUCAAACUUGUGAUGGGGGUGCUGUGAAUAUGGAAAAUGGUGCACGGAGCAAGAUUGCAGGUGUCGGAACAGUACAAGUUCUCAUGUUUGAUGGCAUGGUGAGAACAUUAACUGGAGUGAAACAUGUACUGGGUCUAAAAGGAAAUUUGAUUUCAUUGGGGGCUUUAGAUUUAGAAGGCUACCGAAUUUUUGCUCAAGGUGGAGUGUUAAAAAUUUCUAAGGGAGCAAUGGUGGUAGCAAAAGGAAUUUUGUCAAAGGGCUUGAAUAAACUUGUAGAAAAAGAUUUGACACAGGCGCUAUCAGAAGGAAAAAUCACAAGUGCAACAAGUGGAACAUUUGCAUGGAAGAAGCGGGUGAUGUUUGAAGCUUCUCCAGUUGGUGGAAACUGUGACCUCGCCGGAACGAGCGAGGUGGAGCCAGACCAAGUUUUAUUAUUUAAUCAAGGUGGAGUUUUUUGAGAUAUUUUGGAUUAAAUAAUUGAAAAAAAUAAAUGUAUCUUGGUGGAAACAACCAAGAGCGCAUCUUCUACGUUCUUAGGUUCAAAUUGACUAACGAACGCAUAGUGUGCACAAAGAUUGUAAUUGUUCCUAGUUCUAACUCCCUUUUCAAUAUCUCCAAUGAUAUUGUCUCUUGGAUGAUUCUUCAAGUGUUUGUAAGCCUUUGCUAGUUGCUUCUUUUCAUUUUCUUUUUCUUGUGCAGGAAUUUCCAGGA